AUUGGGGCUGUCAUCUGCCUGCGUUCACAACUUAAUCGCAGGCGUGCGCGCCGGCCGAAUGUACGUUGUGUGUUGCUCCGCGCUCGAAAAUCGAUAACAAUUGAAAUACCAAGACAUUCGUUAUCACAGUGACACCAUUAAUUAAACUCACCUGGAACUUGUUUAAUGUUAAACGUGACGUAUACCGUGAUAUUCUUACAGUGAUAUUUUUGUGGGAGAUCGUAAAAGUUCACAAAAACUUUCCGAGCCACAAGCCAUGUGACUACGGCGAAAGCGGAUAAAUAAAAGUAAUGUGGUUGGCAGCGGGUCUGCUGUCGCUCGCGGUGGUGGCGGCGGCAACGCCGUGCGAGGAGGCGCGCAUGCGCUGCGCCUACCGCACCGGCUGCGGCGCCGCUCUCAACAACUACAUGAUGCUGUGCAGCGACGUGCUCUCGCAGCCCACCAGCGUGUGUCCCAAGGAAUGCGAGCACGCGCUCAUUGCGCUGACUUCCACUGAGGAGGGGAAGGAGUUGAUGAAUUGCCAAUGUGAAGAUGAGUACUGUGUGGAUGCAAAACAGAAGAUCAACGUAUGUCGUGCGCAAGUUUUAAGAGGUGCUGCGGACGCGACGGCCUCUUGCCGUCUGUCUCAACUCAUCUGCUUGGCGGAUGCCCAGUGCGCAACCGCCUUAGACUAUUAUAACCAAUUCUGCCGCUCCGUGUACCGUGGUAGAAAAUGCUCGAACAAAUGUCUCAACUCAAUAGAAAUAUUAAGAAAACAAGAGAAAGCCGCCGCGUUAACCGCCUGUCGCUGCGACGGCAAUGAGGACUAUGACUGUCCGAGAAUGCAGAGCAACCUAGCGAGGCUAUGCUUUCACAAGCACUCCAAGAACCACACGAAGGCUCAUGAUAGAGGCUACGAAGAGAGACAUAGAAAGACCCAUCACGUCGUACAAUCUGCAGCAAAUAGUUUUGUCGUGUCGAUCAUUCUUACUGCUCUAUGUCUCAUCUCUACAAAGUACAACACGUGACGUCGUAGCUGGGCUACCUCAUAUUAAUUAAGAUUCCUAGAUGUAGAUUCAAUGUAAAUAUGUACAGAGCAGUAUUGUUUAAGCGCAUAGUAUUUACAUUUGAAGUAGAGAUUAGUGAGUGAGUGUGUUUGUGGUUAAUAUAGAUAUUCGAAUAAGACUUAUACGCUUUCGCCGCCCACGGGAGCGUGCGCGGGCGUCGCUAUAAAUACAGCGGCGCCGGUGGUCCGGUGACAAAUGCUAGGGUGUACUGUCCCCGACGCCGACACCACGUCGAUUGAUCUAACGGCCGUCCUAACUUGUCAAACGCAAGACUAUACUGCGACAAAAAUCUCGUCACUAUCGUUAAAAAUGCGAUAUAACAAAGUCAGGGAAGUCUCUGGCGGUGAUUCCGGUGACACUAAUCUUUCGCUGUCGACGCGACAAAUAUGCGGGAUGCGACGCCGCCAUUCCUCCUUUUUUCAUAUCACAUUUUCACAUCCUUUACGCUGUUCUUAAUUACGCUCUUCAUUAAACAAUUCGUGUUCCCUUUUGAUAGUCGUAUCAUACAUUUUUCUCUAAAUGUAUAAUUUAAAAAUGAAAUAAUGUUUUGUCGUUGCACAUUACUGUACAAUUUGAUUAUAAAUCUUGCUCGAGUUUCUACAACUGUUUAUUGUCAAUUGAGACAUAAAUUACGCUGUCAAGUGCGACCCAUGAAUCACAUAGUAAUUUGUUCCCACUACACUACAUGAGUUAUUAUUUAUUAUGUUAUGUCAUUUCAUAGUCUUUUCAUGUCUGACCCUUUAAAACGCUUUCGACAUUAACUUUUUGUGGGGACUAUAAUUUCACCGUUCCAAAUCGAAAUUUCCAUGCAAGAAAAUUCUUCGAAGAGCUAUUGUAUGAUGUGUAUGGUGUCUUCAUAAUACUCAGUCCUUGUAAUGAAGAAGAUGGAACCGGUUUUAAGAGCAAGGUCUUACGUGUGAUGCUCCGUUUGUUGCCGCGUAAAUCGAUACUUAACACACGUGUAGUAAUUUUUGUUUAGUUUUCUAUCAAUGCGUAAGGUCAUCUGUCCCUUCUUUUACACUUCUCUUUUCCUCGAGCAAGUCGUUUAUAAAAUCGCUGCAAAAAGAAAUCGUUAAUAAAAUUUAUUUUUAAAGUUUUUAAAUCAUAUUUUGAAAACAAAGACGAGGGUUUGUGGUCACAUUGUUGCUUUAUUCAUAAACCUUAUAUGUAUUAGUUAUCCGUAUAAAAUUGCUUGAUCAUCGAGGAAUCCCUUAUCGAUUUUACAACGCAACAAACAUAGAAUAUAAAAAAUGUGCCUUAUUCAUAGAAAGUUGAAUCAAUUUAAUUCUUGAGGCAGUUUUCUUGGCGAUAUUUAGUAUGCGCAUCAGGGUGAUUGUUUACUAAUGUUUCUUUCGAAGCACCGCGGUAUACAUAAUGCAGCGCACGAUAAUGCUAGGAAUAUGAAUGAACUUACAUCUUCGCGAUGACAUUUAUUUGUUUCGAAACCAUGAUCUGUGUUCGCCUCGUUUUUGCCGCCAUGUGUUAAUGUCGUAGAGUCAUGGAACAAGAAACAAAAUCGUGAAAGUUUAGUGUGUGUUCUUUUACUAUGAACUGUUUCGAUAUAAGUACAUACAUAUUAUAAAUAUAAGUAUCUUUAAUAAAUUUUAACAUUCGGCUUGGAAUAAUUUCACCACAAAUAAUAAAUCUUCAAGAUCGUCUUCACUUAUUUGUAGUUAACUCCAUGAUUUAAUUCUGUUUUUUUUCUUUUGGAUACGUACCUAGUUUAUGCAUUUUCAAUAGAUUUAUUAGUUAUUAAAUUAGUCUGUUAAAUUCAAAUGAAAUUGUUGUGUGUUUGUGUGUGUUUGAUAUGAGUGUGUGAUUGCAUUGUUAUAUUUUGUUUUAAAUGUAUUAUAUUUUCUAAGCACAAUUAAUUAAGGAAACCCUAUUAACCACAGUUUACCAAAGUGAGAUUAUUAGAAUUAUUCAACAAAAACUGUAUAUACAUUUAAUAAUAUUUGGAGAGUUUUUAAUAUGAAUAUCGUACAAAGUAUUUUAGACUAUGAUUAUUUAUUAAUUUAGAUAUAAUUUAGUGUGUAAUAAUUUGUUGCAUUUGUUUCGUUUGUUUACAAAAUCA